AAUCACCCUGACUGGGCUCAGCUGAGCUGGAGGUUAAGGAAUGGAGCUCUGUAGUCACAGCUCAGCACAAGGUACCAGCAGGUGUGCUGCUGCUGUGGCAAUGGGCGAGUACAGCAUCGCCGCGGGCCAGCGUGUGGCCAUCGUCUGGGACAGCUCCUCGCCCGUGGAGGCUCUGAAGGGCUUGGUGGAUGAAAUGCAGGCGCUGGUGGGAGCUGCUGGCAGUGUCUCCGUGGAGAAUGUCAACCAGCUGUGCCAGUCAUCCCACAGGGAGUCCAGCUUUGAUGUGGUCCUCUCAGGGCUGGUCCCAGGCAGCACAGCACAGCACAGCCCCGAGGUGCUGGCAGAAAUCGCUCGGAUACUAAAGCCUGGGGGCAGAGUGCUCCUGAAGGAGCCUGUGCUCACAGCAGCAGCAAACAGCAGCAGACUGAAGACAGCAGCCAAGCUGCCCACGGCUCUCACUCUCUCUGGGCUGGUGGAAGUGAAGGAGCUGCAGAAGGAAGCCUUGAGCCCAGAGGAGAGCCAAGCAGUCCAACAGCACCUGGGUUACCAAGGCAAUGACCUCCUCAUGGUGCAGCUGGAAGGCAGGAAGCCCAACUUCGAGGUGGGGUCCUCCACUCAGCUCCAACUUGCCUUUGCCAAGAAAGCAGCUCCCUCAGGAAAACCCUCUCUGGACCCAGCUGCUGCCAAGCUGUGGACUCUGUCUGCCAACGAUAUGAAUGAUGAGGAGAUGGAUCUCCUCGACUCUGAUGAGCUGCUGGAUUCAGAGGACUUGAAGAAGCCAGAUCCAGCAUCCCUCAGGGCUCCAUCCUGCAAGGAGCUGGGCAAAAAGAAAGCCUGCAAGAAUUGCACCUGUGGCCUGGCUGAAGAGCUGGAGCAGGAGAAGAGGAGCUCCCAGCCCAAAUCUGCCUGUGGAAAUUGUGCUACCGGGGGUGCCUUCCGCUGUGCCAGCUGCCCCUACCUGGGCAUGCCUGCCUUCAAGCCCGGGGAGAAGAUCCUCCUGAAAGAGAACCAGCUGCAUGAUGCCUAAUAAAGCCCCCCCUGGAUGCCCUCUGAAGGACAUCCUCUGCUUUCCCAGCA